GUUUCCACCCCUUGAGUCUCACGGUUAUGGUCAACGGCGAGCUCUGCGACAGAGGCAGCCGCGAGGAUCGUCUUGUUGUGGAGGAGCUGAGUUUGCUGAGGUCCCGCCAGGAGAUCGUUGACAAGGACGGCUUUUUGGAGAAGCUGAAGGAGGCUACGGAUGGAUUCAGAAGACAAUUCCUGGACGCCUUGAUGGUGUUUUGGCGCGAGCUGCAACACGAGAGGCUGACGAGACAUGCAUGGCGGCUUGCUCCAAACCGCCACCAUCACCGCUUCCAUGCUCCUGCCUGGGAUUUGGUAAGUCCCUGGGAUUUGGUAAGAUGGCUCCAGGAAGAUGAUGUAUUCCUUGACGAAGUACUCACUUUCUUCGCUCCUUUCUGGGAUGGCAUGGACCCCAAGCACCGCGAGGUUUUGCUGAAAGCUGGUGAGGACCAGCUACGACCAAUCCCAGGGCUUGCUGCCAGACUUGCCAAGAGGUCCGAGCUGAAGACGUCGAGUUGGCUGGAGGUUCUUCCAUGCCUCCGUGACAACACGUCCUUCCUGCUGAAUACCUUGAAGCAUUGCACUAGGCAAGAUGCCGCAGUCAUCGCCAAGCAUGCAGCAGGAGAGCCAUUGGCGAAUGAGGAGUUUGUGAAGGCUCUUGUGAAGAAGGAUGGGCUGCUGUUGCGGUUUGCCAGUCCCACGUUGCGCGGGAAGCCAGAUGUCGUCUCGCUAGCCAUGAAUGAGAAUCCAUGUGCGUUCGGGCAUGCAUCAGAGGCGAUCCGUGCCGACUUUAAAACGGCGUUCUUCGCUGUGAGUCAAAGAGGAUGGCUGCUGGAGAAGGUAUCCGGUGACUUGAAAGCGAACGUGGAAAUUGUCAGGACGGCUGUGAGCCAGAAUGUGCGGGCUUUUGAGUCUGCUGGUGGCGAUACGAAAUGGCUGAUGCAGCUGGCAGCCACGGAGGUCUUGAAGAGUCUCGGGGUGGAGCCCGAGGACCUUGCGAGAGCGCUCGUCGCCAAUGCACAGGACGUGUUGAAGAAGUGUUUCGAAUUCGGGGAAUGCCCUCGUCUUCUCAAGGCUCUCCAGGCAUACGUGCAAGAAGCGGAGAAAGGCAAGUCGGACAAGCCAACGAAUCUUUCCAAGAAGUUUGCUCUAGAGAUCGUGAGGCGAUCGGGCUAUCUCUACAAGCAGCUGCCAGAAGCCCACAAGCGGGACGUGGACAUCGCCGUGGAAGCCGUGAAGAAAGUCUCGGAUCUUUUUCCAGACCACCUGCCUGGAAAUGUGCGGGGUGAUUUCGAGGUCAUGGUCACAGCCGUCCAGUCAUCGGGACGCAGACAGCUCUUGCGGUACCGCCUGUGUCCCUCUGACAG